AUGCCUUCCUUUAGUGGAAACGUCGACUGUGCAUCCUCGAAAAACUCUCGACAUUCACAAGUACGUCUUUCGUGCGUGCUCUCUAAUUACUGUGCAGAUUCGUUAAAGAUUUCCGUGGUGGACCAGGAAAAAUCCGUCUGCUGCAGCGAAGAUGUGGUUCACGCUUUCAUUUCAUUUCUGGAGCCAAAUCGUCAGGGGACGGUGAUGCUUGUAUGCAACUACAGGGUUCGUUGCAUUUCUUUUGACCACUUCGAGGAGCUGAACCGAUGGGUUAGAAUCUUGAACACUCAUCUCACUUGCAGCUACUUUCAUGCUGAUCUGAUCAUGGCAUCAAAGGAGAGCAAACUGUCAAGCCACGCGAAACGCCGACGUCGACACCAGCUCAGUAUUUGGUCUUCGAAACGUUCGCAACACAGUGCUGCUGUCGGCACCAACAGUGCAGGAGUGUUCCGUUCGUUUAUCAAUGCUUCUGACGAUGGUUAUCUUCAUGUUACUCGGGAUCGAAUUUACUUCACAACGGGGCCUGGUUGCGCCCAUCCACGUCUCUUGGCUACUUGGAGUUUUGACAACGAUGAACUUGUUCAGUGUGGCACUGCUCGGAUCAAAACAAACGAGGACACGGAACAGUUGGAUGUUGAUCGGGCCUCUUUGUUCUUUUUGACUGCUUCGCCUUACCAUCCCGAAGCUCCCGGGUGUCACCUGUUCCUUUCGGACCGGGCCACUGAGCUUUGCGAGUGGAUCGAGAACAACAAUCAGUCGGCAAUCUAUCAAGCCGAAUGGCGUCGCCUCACAUCGAUUGCCGCUGUGCUGGAUACACCAUUCUCUUCUGGCCCAGGCCCGUUAGGCUUGAUGAGCACCUCGGACCAGACCUUAUCCGACCAUUCACAUACGACCCCGUUUAAUGUGGUGCACACCACGCAACUUGGCACAUCACGUGCUUCUACUCAAUGUUGUCAGUGUUCCCUUGCCAAUGAGUACUGUUCACUGGAGAGAAUUCAACGGGAAGAGGCUGAUGAUACUGUGAGUCCUUCUGCAUCCUUAUUCGUUCUGGGAAUACUGAGUCAACAUAUCCCAUUUCAAGCUUGGCCAUCGUGUGGUGUCACCAGCCAGGUCGCCUUACUUUUUGCAUGCAGCAGGGUGGGUAAGCGAAAACACGAUAUUGCUAACGCCCAUCUUACACUUCCACGUUCUCCUUCUUCCACCCUACCCUACCCGAAUUUGAACACUCUCCGCAGCACUAAGACUGACCAUUUUGCGCACCGUGCAUCACACACAGCUGCAGUUUCUGUACGCCUGAGUUCAGUAACAACUAUAAACACCUCGAAGUCUGUUUUUAUACCCCUAGAGCCUGUCUACCUGACCGCCGUUAAUGUUCGCACACUGAAGCAAGCAGGACAAAAGGCGGCUCUUGCUCGUACGCUGGAUUCCAUCUGCAUUGAUGUAUGCUGCCUCUUAGAAACAAGGCUACAGGACGCAAGUACUGUGUUCGAACCGACUAGUCCCUAUCUCUGUUGCAGGUUCCGGCUGCGCACCUCUAGUGAUGCAGAGGCCUCUGCAGCUGGAUAUGCUGGAGUGGGUGUUGUUUUGAGUGACCGAGUGGAAGCGUCCAUGCUUGAUUGGAUAUCCGUUGAUAUGAGGUCCAUCGCACCGUUUAUUGUGUUUGCUUACGCCCCAACUGACUGUAGCUCUGCAUCUGCAGAGGACAGUUUCCAUGACACUCUAGGUGUCCUUUUACAUCGGGCUAAAAGCUCGGAUAUCGUUGUGGUUGCUGGUGAUAUUGAAGUCCAGGUAGAGAAACUAAGCACCGAUAGGGCCCGAUUGGGUGUUCGUCUGAGAUUGGACACGAGACGCAUGGAUGACGAAGACCGCCUGCUUCAAAUGUGUACCGGUCACAUACUGUUUCUUUGUAGUACGAAUUUCCGGAACAGCGGAAAUCGCUUGACAACGUGGUGCCCACCAACAAACCAGUCACGAACCCAAAUAGACCCCACCGCCGUCAGUUGUCGGUGA